AUGCCUCGCGCGAAAGCUCAACCAAAAUCCAUAACGAAAAUACGAGGACAGUCAUGUUCUCGUGUUCAAAAACUCAGAUUAAGCAACAACUUUAAUGGGGAAAAUAUGAAAAGCGACAACAACCUCAAUACAUAUCUUAGUAAUAUCAUUGCACCCACAAAAUUGUCAUCUCAACACGUCAGUGACUGCGAUAGCCCAACAACAAAAGAUAGAGACGAUAGUUAG